AUGCAACGACCGGAACGACUAGCGGAUUUAACCAUGUUGUCACAGACUUUGAAGCAAGUAGAAAACAUUUAUUGGAUUGUAGUUGAAGAUGGCUAUUAUCCUAAAGCGAUAGUAAAAGACUUGCUAGAUAGGAGUGGAAUUGAGUACACAUAUCUAGCUACACCACAUUUGGGAUUGCCUUGUAAGUUGAUAAUGAAUUAUAUUGUGAGGAGGGGGGGGAGGGGAAGACGGGGGGAGGGGGUGGGGAGGAGAAGAGGGGGGGGAGAAGAGGAGGAGAAGAAGCGGGAGAGAGAGGGGGAGUAGAAGCAUAGCCCGGGCCUACAAUUAGAGUUCUUUCCAGGCCAAACUCAAAAGGCAAAACUUUGCAAACAAUCCCGCCAGAUCGGCCUUAAGCUAAAUUUAGGUUGGACCAGCCCUUGAUUUUCUAGUUCAGCCUGAAAAGUCCGGACGGUUUGCACGUAAAAAGAAAUUUGGGCCGGGGCCGGCCUAAGAUAAAAACAAAAACGGGCCGGGAUUAAACCUUAAUCCCAAAGCUUGAGUAUCUUCUACUCCCCCUCCUUCCCAAUCUGUUUCUCUCUCUCCCCCCCCCCACCCGUGCCUUGUUAUAUAACAUUCAAACUUCAAAAAACGACCUAACAUAAUCAUUUUUAUAAUAUCAAACCUACCUUAAUUCAGGCCGCGGCUGGGCCCAACGAAAUCUAGCCCUAGCGUUCCUCCGAAAAAACAAAAACAAGUUCAACAAAAAUGACAUUAUAUACUUUGCCGAUGAUGACAACGGAUAUGAUCUACGCCUUUUCGAUGAAUACAUUCGAAAUGUCAGAAAAGCUGGUGUAUGGGCAGUAGGAAUACCGGGCAACGCCUUAAUUGAAGCUCCUUUAGUCGAAAAUGGCAAGGUUGUGGCAUGGCAUUCGGCUUACAAACCGGAGCGAAAGUUUGCAAUUGAUAUGGCUGGAUUUGCUCUGAAUUUCAAGUUGGUCACUAAUUCAAGGUAGGUUUAAUAUAGUGAGUUUUUAUUACGGUUUUAGUACUUAAAAAGACUUAUUCUUAUUUAUUUCUCUUUUCAAAGUUACAACUGGUGACAAAAAUAAUAUUAAGGAAUAUAUUAAAUCAAGUUUCCAUCUCUGUCACCGAGGUAUUGAUCUCGCCAGUUGCCAAUGGAGGGAAAGCAGUUUCCAUCCUGUUGUAUGUCCGCAUCCAUUCAGCCAGUCUCUUCCACACAGCUUCACGAACUUGUCCCCCCCCCCCAUCUCAUUUUAGGUCGUCCAACUUUUCUUUUUCCCUCCGGUUUCCAAUUUAACACCUUCCAGUCCAUCCGUUCACUUCCUGCUCUUCAAAUUUUUGCCGCCAUCUUCUAUUUUAGUGUGAUUGCCACUUCCACCACGUCCCUCAGUUUAGUCCGCGCCCUGAUUCGUUUGCUCCUCACUUCAUUCCGUAGCGUUAGACCCAGCAUCGCUCUUUCUAUUCUUCUUUGGCAUCGCUCGAGCUUCUAUUUGUCCGCCAACCUUAGUGCCCAGCUUUCUGCACCUACAGUGGAACUCCUGUAUAACGAAUCGCUCGGGGACUUGAAAUUUGUUCGUUAUACAGGAGUUUUAAAUGCACUGUGUAGUGGUAGACGGGGAUUCAAAAGUUGUUCGUUAUACGGGAGUUUCGUUAUAGAGGAGUUCGUUAUACAGGAGUUCCACUGUAUAUGUCAUCUCUGGUAGCAUGCACGUAUUGAAAUACCUUCUCUUGACCCAUACCUGUAAAUAGCUUUCACAUCAGGUUUGUUUUACACCUUUUGCAAUAUUCAUUGCGGGAUUUGAGUUGGGCCGAGUAUCUUUCGGUUAGACCUCACCACUUGGGUCCACAUGUGCCAGCCUGGCUUCUUUACAACUUUGUCUGGGGAGCUAGAUAGAUGCCGGACCAAACCUAGUAAACAGUAUUCCAGGUCUAUUGUACUACAUAAGUUUAUAAAAAAACCUAAAAACACAUUCAAAACCAUAUCAAAACAGAGUAAUCUUUAUCAAUAUUUCAGUGCUGCAUGGUCGCUCAAGUGUGCGGGUAACUUCCCAGAGAACUGUUUCCUCAACCAACUCAAUCUAGAACGUGAAGAUCUAGAGCCGUUUGGUUAUGAAAGCGAAACAAAGCCAGUGUACGUAUGGCAUCGUAAAACAGCACCAGCCAACAACGAACCCUUUGAUUUGAUGGGGUAUCAAGUGGAAGACCGCUUGCCUACGAACAAACAGUGUAAAAUGUACAAAAACAUCCACUUGAUGUCGUAUCAGCAAGUCAAGAAUGUGGCUAACAAGUUCGGUGUUAAGGAGUACGAUUACAACGAGUUGUAUGGGGAUGUAUAG